GUCAUUGUGUAACGCGGCGCGACUGCGCACUUAUGUUUACUACAAUAAUGGCGUCACGCAACGUGUGUUGUGUGGUAAACACAGCAAUGUUUGAGUAGAAUUAUUUCAAUAAAAAAGUGGCUGUUAUUACAGGAACGGCUGCUUAUUCUCCAAUUGGAAAAAAUUAGUUGAACCUGGUUCAAAAGUGAAAGUGAAAUGGCUGACGAGAAUGUUGAAGAUGAUCAACUGCAGGUGAUGUUUAAGAAACUGCGAGUGGAUCCAGCUUGGUCCUCUGUUGGGUCAGUCAGCUUGCUAGUUCCUCACACUGAGUAUCCGGUGGACAAACCAACCAAAGCCAGGAAGACCGGCCUGAGAAGGACCAGCCUGCGAAGCGUCAAACACAAAUUCGAGCCAUAUUCUACAAGCUGCUGCUCCCUGGGCAAUAACUUUGGUGACUCUCUGGGAGCCACCGAUAAAGGGAAAUGCAAAACAGCAAUCUGUCUCUGCUCUAACAAGACCGAUCAGAAGAAAGCAGAGAAGGAAAGUGAAGCCCAAACUACACAGGACAAUUUGAAAGAACAAGAGACAUCAUCUUUCCCCGAGGAACUCACGUCAGCUUGCUGUACCAGACCUCUGAUUUGCUUCGAGGCAUUCCCCUUGCCGGCCCUGCCCAAGAAAAGCAGCAACUGGAAAGACAAGGAAGUUUUUGGUGCUAGCUCAAGUAAACUCAAGCCUCUAUCCUCAUUCAAAACACUGGCAACCAUUGAAGAGGAAACGGUAGAAGCAACUGCAGCAGCAUCAUCGCAUGAGUGGCUCAGUGAAACUUGUGAGUCUGUUCUAUUACCAUGCCGGUGUUCAACAGCUAGCCAGCAGUGUAAACCUUCCACAAAACCUCUACGUAGGUUAACCAGACACCGUAAAGCCAAACUAGAAGGCAGACUCCAGUCCUAUGGGUCUCGUACUUUUGCAACCUACAGGGACAGUGCAAGGCAGUUGAUAAAACUGGGUCCCCCAAGCAGUGUUCAGAAACAUGCACCUUCUGCCAAAUCUCCAGGCAAACCCAGUGCCUUGAAGCCUGACUUGCCUCACCAGGCCUGGACACAAAAUCUCCUGGCAAUUAAUAAUAAUAAUGCAACAUCUUCACCACCUCGGUCAGAGUUUUCUUGCUCCCAGCAAGCCCGCUUCACUCCUGAUAUCUCCUUUGAUGACACAACAGCUGACGAUUUGGCCGGUUACUUUGAAAAUUUAGUUCAUAUUCCCAAGAAAAUGUCUGAAAUGGCAGAAAUGAUGUACACAUAGCAUGACUCCCCUGUGUAUAUGUACAUGUACCCUCUUGUACAGGUGUUAGCAAAAUACAUAUUUUCCAAUACAGAAAAGCUGAGAUUAGAAUAAUCAGCUUGC